AUGUUGGUUAUAUUUUGCAAUAUCCUGCAGGAGCGCAAACUUUCAUCCCUUGAGGAUAUUAAGGCAAGGCCAGCGUCUGCCAGAGGAUAUAUAACAGCAGGCAUAUACUGGUGCUCUGCUUGCUAUUCCUCACAGGGAUUAGAAGGACGGAGCUGCGAGUGGGGCGCCGGCCAGGAGCUGAGGCGGUUCGUGCGGGUGCGGGAGGACGCCGCCCUUGGGGACACGGUCCUCACCCUCAACGUGACGCAGCCGGAGCUUCUGACGAUGCAGCCUCUCGCCGCUGAAUCUGUCAGAAUGUUCCGCGUGGAGGCCGUGGAUUCCGGCGGAGGAGGAGGAGGUGGACGGCGCGGAGGGCGGGCCAUGGGGGCGGCCCGGGUGGUGGUGGCAGCUCCCCUUCAGCCCCUCCUGCAGGCGGCGUCGCCCGUCACCAAGCUGGCUCUCACCUGCGGCAACAACCAGGUAUCAGUGCAGGUCACCGUCUACGUGGAGGAUGUGAAUGACCACGCCCCCGCCUUUGCCGUCAAGAACAUCACGGUCACCGUGGAUGAACUCACGCCCGUGGGCCUGACCAUCCUACCCGAGAUCCGAGUGACGGACGGCGACAAGGCCAACACAGCCAACUCGGAGGUCACCCUCGAGCUGCGUGAGGGCGACCCCGAGGGACACUUCACCAUGGCGGACCGCAAGAGGGGCACCAUCACCCUGGCCAAGCCCCUGGACUACGACGCCGGGCCGGACACCUUCCUGCUGGGGGUGGUGGCGAAGCGAGAUCAAAGCACAGACCCCGCCCCUGCAAGCAACCAACCUACGUUUCCUCCUUCCCCUUAG